AUGCCACCCGAUAACCCAUCUCCCCAAGUCCACUCCCAACCAGCCCUCAUAAAAAGAGCCAAGCGCUUCCGCAUCCUCUCAACCCUCCUCUCCCUUCUAGACAGAUACCUCUCCACCCCCCUCCCCCCAAAGCCUAGCACAAUCAUCACAAUCCCAACAACAUUAAACAAAACACCCGGCCAAAUCGACCUAUACAUCUACACCAGCCCAUCAAACCCCCUCACCAAAACCAAAACCCCCAAUCCCCCAAGACCAGUCCUCCUAAACCUCCACGGCGGCGGCUUCACAAUCGGCCACGCCCAAGACGACGCAAGGUGGUGCACCGCCAUCCUAACCCCCCAGCCAGCAGCAAUCGCCAUAAGCAUCAACUACCGACUCGCGCCGGAGCAUCCGUUCCCAACAGCCCUAGACGACACCGUCGAUGCCAUCCUGUGGCUAUGGAACCACGCCGACGAAUAUAAUCUCGACCAGUCGCGUUUCGUGCUGAGUGGAGCAAGUGCAGGCGGGAAUCUAGUCCUGGGUGUUCCGUUUCGGGUGGAGGAUGUGUUGAAGGGGCGGACGGUGGAGGCACGAGCUGGGGAGUGUGGUGUUCGCUUUGCUGGCAUAGUGGCAUUUUAUCCGCCGGUUGAUUGGACGAAGAGUAGAGAGCGCAGGGAUGAGAGUAAUCCGAUUGCGAAGAAGAAGUCGAUGAUUUCGCCUGCUGUUUUUGCCUUGUUUGAUGAUUCUUAUUUGGGCUGUGGGGAUUUGCCUAGGAGGUUUCCACCUGUGCUUAAUGCUUCUACUUCUGUUUCUGCUUCUACUUCUACUUCUAUUUCUGAGGCCGGUGCCCGCGUUGGUGAGGUCGAUAUGGCUCAUCCGUACUUAUCGCCGGGUCUUGCUUCGGAUGAGUUGAUACGCUCUGUUUAUCCGCCGAAUGUGGCCAUCUAUACUUGUAGCUGGGAUCAGCUACUCGUUGAAGGGGAGACGUUCCGGGACAGACUACGUGGAUUUGUGCGAACUGGCUGGAUGAGAAGCGUGGGUGGGUAUCAGGUGGAAGGUGUUGUUCAUGGGUUUGAUAAGAGACCUUCGUUUUGGAGGGGCGAUGAGGCUCGGGAGAAGAUGUAUGGAGAUGCACUGAGAGAAGUUGAGGAGAUGUGGAAUGCCGCAUGA